AUGGCUGCUUUGGAUGGGCCGCAUUCGGGUAUCCCUUGGGCGAUCGCAUCCGUCAGACCCCGGCAUCGAAUAGAUUGUGGGCUCAAGCCCGAGAGGAUCCUUGGUAUAUCUCGAGUCCGGAGAGCUGCAAAUAAUAGUUCCAACGCUCUCGUUCGUUUUUCCUGCGGUGGUGUCUUGUGA